UCCAGUGGCUCCAGUUGUCUCGCGUCCUCCUCACAGCGUCCAAGUCAAGCGAAGGGUGCACCCGCCGGCGCUAUGCCUGCUAAUAGAGUCAUUUACGGCCCUAUUGCCAUUAAAAAGCGUCGGCUGUAAAGGUUUUUACCGCACGGCGAGUGAAAAGAAGACAUAUGCGUGGAGGCAGUCGCCGUUGUUGUUCUUCUCCGUUUUAUCCGCGAGCUCGUCGGACGGACAGCCGAGCGUCGAGUGAGAUUCCCGACCCAUACUGCCACCGUCCUCCUCCGCCGUGAGAUGCUGCCCCGCCUGCGGGGAAUCCUGCGGCCCGUCCUCUACCUGAGAGCCGGGAGGGGGCCGCUCCGAGCCGGACCCUCUGUGUCCGUCCCGGGUGUGUCGACCGCAGAGCUUCCGCCCUCCGCGCUGUUUCAACGGCGUCACCUCGGCACACACCCGCUGAAGGAGCCCGUGGAGCCCCUCAACUCGCCCCGCGGAGCUAAGGAGUUUAUUUAUAGCCUCCAUGCGUCUGAGCGAACCUGCCUGCUGCGGGAACUGCACCGGUUCGAGUCCAUUGCCAUAGCUCAAGGGCAGCUUGACAUUGCGCCACCUACUGCAGCACAGUUAAGAUAUGUUCUCCUGCACAAUGCGCUCCCUUUUGUUGGAUUUGGAUUUCUGGACAACUGUAUCAUGAUUGUUGCCGGUACGCAGAUUGAGUUAUCCAUCGGCGUGAUCCUUGGCAUUUCUACUAUGGCAGCUGCUGCUCUCGGCAACUUGGUGUCUGAUCUGGCAGGACUCGGGCUGGCAGGUUAUGUGGAAGCUUUGGCAUCUCGACUUGGGAUGCAGAUUCCUGACCUGAGUCCGAAGCAGGCCGACAUGUGGCAGACCCGAGUCAGCUCCCACUCGGGCAAAGCCAUCGGCGUCGGCAUCGGCUGCAUCCUGGGAAUGUUCCCUCUGCUCUUCUUCAACGACGACAGCGACAACAAGAAAGACGCCAACAAGGAGAAGAUGCAAAUGGGCGCUGCCGCACACGACAGCAAGUGAUCUGAAGUGAACUUACACUUUGGACCAAUGGACCAAAAAAAAAAAAUAAUAAUAAUAAUAACUCAAGAUUUAAGAUCUUAUUGAAGAGCUUCAUGAAAGUGAAGCACAUGGACGUCUCCUCCAGACAUCAUCAUCAUCAUCAUCAUCUUGCUGCUCUUCACCACACUAAACAGGCGUCCUUGUUCUCUCCCUGUCUCGCCACGUUGCGUCACUACAACAGAGGCGGCUUCAUUCCAUCAAUUCCUGACGUGACCCCGAAAGACAAGCCCGCUUGCCGACUCUCCGUGAGACGAGCAACAUGCAAAUUUGCGUCAAGCACGUGCAAAGCAAAACGAAAAAUCCGGUCAGCUGCCACCAGUUCAAAACCACCAAUCAGCUGCUACACCUGAGAACGAUGACGUAACACUGACAUACGUCUUGUGUGUCUAUAGGACUGAAGGAGAUGGAUUUGAUUUUGACUAACAUGGGACUUUAAUUUAUCAUCAUGCUUUAUGAUUUAGCAGCUUAGAAAUAUUAUUUUAAAGACCUCAAAUAUUUGAAGUAUUUAACUUUUUGUUGUUUGUUUUCAAUGUUGUUGAUAAUAUGAUGUAUUUGUAUAUAUUCCCUAAACAUUAUUGAGACAAGCCCCAUUAUUUGACAAAAAAAAAAAAAAAAAACACAAAAAUGUCACAAAAAGUAUACACAGUAUCCUGAAAUAGUUCACCAGAAAACUUUAUUGUUUUGUGUGACUGGCAGCAGCUUAAUUUUACAAUCUCCCAUCUAGUGGAAGAGCAUUUUAAUUGUUCUGCUUGACAUUAUAUGUUGCUGGCAUAGCUAGAUAAUGACAAUUUUUUUUUUUUUUUUGUAGUCAAUAAAUAAUUUCUUAUGCAGUA